AUGGACAGUGAUGGUGACAAACAAUCAAAAGUUGUCCGAUACUCUGGCCCAAUAGAGAAACAAACCAUUCAGUUGGAUGAUGAAGGUAAACCUCUCUUUUCACCCAGUCCUCUUUAUUCGAGAUACCGGUAUAUUACCGAGAACAGGAACCUGGAUAUCUGUGUGUCUGAAAAAGAAGCUGGUGCAGUAGUGGUGGUAAAUCAGGCCGGGAAACUGAGAUUCAGGUACACUGGACAUAUUCCUUCUUCAAAGAACCAACCAUUCAGUCCACGGGGAAUCACCACAGACAGUCAGAGUCACAUCCUUAUAGCAGAUGCUAACAAUGAAUGUGUCCACAUCACAGACCAGGAUGGACAGUUCCUCCGUUACAUACACUGUGGACUGAGUGAACCCUGGGGACUGUGUUCAGAUACAAAUGACUAUCUGUUUCUUGCCCAGUGGACAAAUAAGCAAGUACAGAAAAUCAAAUAUCUUCAGUGAAACAUAUUUUAACUCUAUAAAUUUGAAUGAUAACAAACGUUUUGCUGAAAUUAUAUUUUGUUCGCUGAUGCAUUCAAUGGAUUGAGAAGUGUGGGUAUGAUAACAGAAUCAAAAUCUGAGAAAACCAACCUUUAAAAGUCAACGCAAAGUCAUAUUCUUAAUUUUGAAUCUACCAGGGGGAGUACUCCAACCCAUUAGUACAAUUAUACAUUAAAUUUUUAUAUUGACUGAGUUCGAGGGCAACAUGCGUUUUGUCGGACCCAAGAACCAA